AUGCGGUUCGAAACACGACAAGGCCGAGUAGUAGAAAUACUACGCAAGGCGGCGACUUUUACCGUUGUGACCGACGGGCAAUCUCUCAAUACCUUCGUCGUCAUCGAUAGCGCCGUCGUCUUCGAGAGCAUCGUCGUCGUCGUCUACGCCUGGCUCCGUCCCGGCAGGCGAGGCACUGCAUCUACUUUCCCAGGAGCUGUCAUCGGUGGCAGACCGCGAACCGCCGCCGCCGUCGCCGACGACGAAUACGGAGGCCGAAGCUAG